CUGAUGAGGCUGACGCGCCGGACGACGAUAAGCAGCCGUCGGCGCCGCCCCAAGUCAAAAAUCGACGCAAAGCUCAAUUCGAGCUUAGUUUUCUAUCAACAACUAAACGAAGCGCAUCAGAAACGAAAAUGGAUCUUUGCAAGCGACUGCUGAUGGGCUUGGCGCUAUUGUCGCUAGCCUGGAGCAGUGCUGGAGCUCAUCCUGCUGCGAACAACUACACGACGGAUAUCUUGCGCUUGGCUAAGGCAGCCCACAUCAAGGCCUACUUAAGCACGGGCGAGCCGAGGCCAUGCGAGAACUUCUACAACUUCGCCUGCGGCAAUUGGCCGCGCUUGCAUCCCGCACGGCUGCACAACAAGAAGACGAACUAUCUGGAGGAGCUGCAGGAGCUGUUUGUGCGCAAAAGUGCGGACAUGCUGAAGAGCAGCAAGACGAAUGGCGACAGCAGCGCCGAUCGGCUACUGAAACGUUUCUAUGUCUCUUGCCACGCCCAGGCGAAUGAUACGCGCUCGGCUCUGGCAGCUCUGCUGGAGGUGACCGACUUCCGUGGCGGUUGGCCAGAGAUUCGGGUGCCGUCGUGGUACUAUUACGAAUACGAUUGGCUGCACGUCGUGGCCAUGCUCAAGCGACGCCUGGGCGUCGACAUAUUCAUUGGUCUGGAUGUUGUGCUGGACUACAAGGAGGAGCAUAUGCAUCGCCUGAAGAUCGGUGCGCCACAGCUGCCCUUGGGACAUCGUCGUCAGUAUUUGGAUGCGGCCUAUCAUGAGACACGCGAGCGUUACGAGGAAGCGAUUCGACAGAAGCUCGAGGGUUACUUCCCAGAGCAAUCGGAGCGCUGGCAGAAUGAAGUCGCCGCACAGGUGCUGCACAUUGAGCAGCAGCUGGCCAAAGGCUUGCCACACAAUCCGGCGCUCACCCUGGAGCAGACCACGCGACUACGCACAGCGGCCGAGAUGAAGGCGGCCUAUGGCAGCUUUGUGGAUGUGAGUCGCUAUUUGCAAAUGAUCUACAACGACACUUUGUACGUGGAUCUGUAUGAGACGCCGGAGGAUUAUAUGUCCAACCUUGUGGACGUGAUACGAAACACGCCGAAGCUACAUUUGGCCAAUUAUACAAUCUGGCGUACCUUGGACACACUCGACCAGGCGCGUGUGCCGCUCAACGUGCAGCCGAGCAUUUGGUGCGUGCAGCUGGUGCGUCAAUACUUUCCGCAGCAUCUGGAGAGUCUGUUCCAUCGCAACUUCAACAACAUGCAAAUGAUCAAUGAAAUCCAGUCCACCUGGGCUGAUAUUAAGCGCGUCUUUCGCGAGGAUCUCCAGGCAUCCACAGAUCUGCACUGGCUCACGCUCGAGACCCGGCAGAAGGCCAUUGCCAAGCUGGAACUGCUGGAGCUGCAGUUCCGCAAUCACGACGACACUCAACUGAUAAGGCAAAUGUACGGCUUGAAUUUGCAUCAGGAUCAGUUCUACCCGAAUCUGGUAAAAGUCCUGCAAUGGCGCACGCAGCGACAUCUGGCAAAGCUUGUCGAGGAGCCCCAGCUGACGGACAAAGUGUACAAGGUGCCACACUAUGAGCUGACCACCAACAAGAUGCAAAUUCCGAUCACCUUUCUGCAAGCGCGCUUCUUCUGGGAUCCCGUCUAUCCGAAUGCCCUGAAGUAUGGCACCAUAGGUGUGCUCCUGGCUCGCCAGAUGCUGCAUGGCUUCGAUGAUGUCGGCCGGCGUUACGACAGCCGCGCCUUUCGUAACAACUGGUGGGAUGUUACCUCGGAGAGUUCCUACGCACGUCGCGCCCAAUGCUUCCAGGAGCAAUACGCAGUCUUUGUACAGUUCAAAGAAAAGCCCGUGCAGGACAAAGGACUACUCAGUCGAAUUAUUGCCGAUAAUGGCGCCCUAAACAUUGCCUAUCGCGCCUACCUGAAAUGGCUUAGGAACUCAGCUGAGACACCUGCGAUCUAUCAACGCGAACGCUUGCCUCUGCUCGAUUACACAGAGAACGAACUUUUCUAUUUGGCCUAUGCACAGCUCUACUGCUCCGACUAUCCGGAAUCCGUUGAGAUAUUCGACGAGCUACCCGAACAGUUCCGUGUGAAUACAGCUCUUUCCAACUCGGAGCAGUUUGCGAAUGCCUUCAGCUGCUCCAAAAGCGAUAAGCUAAAUGCUCGCUUCAAGUGUGCACUCUUUUAAAAAUAUCGUUAAACACAACUUUUCUAUUUCAGACAAACACUCAUACGUGUAUUAAUAUAUAUAUAUAUAAUAAAUAAAGCUAUGCACAUGUUAGAUCUGCUUGAUUUUAUAGGGAGUAAAGGGUAUAUCGAAGCAGAGCUCAGGCAGAACGAACUGAGUUGAUCUAGC